GGCCCGACAUUCGCUCGCAAUUCGCGCUUGAGUACGGUCGUGUCUUCGCGUGGAAUCAAAACCAAAAACUGAAAAACGGAAAUUUAAAUUGAACUCAAAAUAUCUCUCUCACUUUCGUCAAUCAAAGCCGGUUAACAAUUGUGCGAAAAAAAAAAAAAACUAACUUUAGCAAUUGAACUAAAUUGAAUGCAAUUUAACUGUGAAAGUAUUACAAAAAAAAAUGUUUGCCACUUAGUUUAGAAAAGUUUGCCAAUUAAUUUGUCGUCGCGUGUCACUCGUUGGCAUAUCGUGUGAGUGUUUGUGUUUCGUUUUUGUUUGUCAGUCAUCAGCCUUCUCCUCUAAUCGAGAACAUAAACAAAAACAACGCCAAAAACAAGAAAAACACAGAAAUGGCCGACGAAAGUUUGCACACAAUGCCACUGGAGCACAAUAUAGACUAUCACAUUGUCACAUUGUUCGAGCGCUUGGAGGCAAUGCGCAAAGACACACAUGGACAUGGCAACGGGAAUGGCAUUAACAAUCGCCUCUCCAGCACGCUCCAAGCGCCCAAGCGGAGCAUGCAGGCGGAAAUACGCACUCUGGAGUUUUGGAGAUCCAUCAUCAGUGAGUGCUUAGCCUCCUUUUUGUAUGUGUUCAUCGUUUGUGGUGCUGCUGCCGGAGCUGGUGUGGGUGCAUCUGUCUCCUCGGUGCUCUUGGCUACGGCUCUGGCCUCAGGACUCGCAAUGACAACUUUAACGCAAUGUUUUCUUCACAUAUCGGGAGCUCAUAUCAAUCCUGCUGUCACACUUGCCUGCUGUGUGGUCCGGACAAUAUCUCCGAUAAGAGCUGCGAUGUACAUGACUGCCCAAUGUGGUGGAGGCAUUGCUGGAGCUGCUUUACUUUAUGGUGUCACUGUGCCGGGCUAUCAAGGUAAUCUGCAAGCUGCCAUCUCACACAGUGCCGCUUUGGCCGCCUGGGAACGAUUUGGUGUGGAAUUUAUCCUGACUUUUGUUGUUGUCCUCUGCUAUUUUGUCUCAACCGAUUCCAUUAAGAAGUUCAUGGGCAAUUCAGCGAUAUCCAUUGGUGCAGCAUACAGUGCCUGCUGCUUUGUAUCUAUGCCUUACUUGAAUCCAGCGCGCUCUUUGGGUCCAUCGUUUGUGUUGAACAAAUGGGACAAUCAUUGGGUAUAUUGGUUUGGACCUUUGGUUGGUGGCAUGGCUUCUGGCCUGGUCUAUGAGUACGUCUUCAAUUCUCGUCGCAAUUUGCGUUAUGCCAAGGCUAGCAUUGACAACGAUUCGAGUUCUAUACAUUCUGAGGAUGAGCUCAACUAUGAUAUGGAUUUGGAGAAACCCAAUAAAUAUCAACAAACGCAGGGUACAUAUCCACGUGGUGGUCAGACAAAUGGUGUUAUUAGUGGUAAUGCUGGAUCACAAGCUCAACACAAUGCUGCAAAUAUGGCACAAAUGGCUGGUGUGGUAGGUGCCGGAACGGGUAACUAUUGCCAGAAUUUGUAUACAGCUCCGCCACUCUCAUCGAAAUAUGAGCAACAUCAGGAACCUUUGUACGGCGGAACUCGCUCUCUGUAUUGCCGUUCUCCGACUCUGACACGUAGCAAUCUCAAUCGUUCACAAUCUGUUUAUGCCAAGAGCAACACGGCCAUUAAUCGGGAUAUUAUUCCACGUCCGGGUCCUUUGGUACCAGCACAGAGUCUAUAUCCCAUGCGUACGCAACAGCAGCAACAGCAACAACAGCAGCAGAUGCAACAGCAGCAGCAGCAACAGCAACAACAACAACAACAGCAACAACAGCAGCAACAGGUUACAGCGGCGCAAUCUUCCCAUUUACAGAAUCAAAACUUACAAAAUCAAAUGCAAUCGCAGCGUUCGGAGAGUAUUUACGGAAUGCGUGGAUCGAUGCGUGGCCAGCAGCAACCGAUGCAACAACAGCAACAACAUGGUCCCAUCUCAGUGCAGCAGCCGCAAAUGCAACCACAGCAACAGCAACAGCAGCAGCAGCAACAACAGCAACUCAUGGGAGAAACUCAAAGUCAACCGCAGCCACAAGGUUUCCAGCCCGUUUACGGAACACGCACGAAUCCCACACCACUUGAUGGCAAUCAGAAAUACGAACGUCGUGAUCAGCAACAGCUUUACGGGAUGACUGGUCCACGUAAUCGCGGACAAUCCGCCCAGUCGGAUGAUAGCUCCUAUGGCUCAUAUCAUGGAUCGGCUGUGACUCCGCCAGCACGCCAUCCCAGUGUUGAACCAUCACCACCACCGCCACCCAUGCUGAUGUAUGCUCCGCCGCCACAGCCGACAGCAGCUCAUCCUCAGCCCAUUCGCACACAAUCCGAACGUAAGGUGAGUGCGCCAGUUGUGGUUUCUCAGCCAGCUGCUUGUGCCGUUACCUACACCACCUCACAAGGACCCACACCCACAGCACAACAGCAACAGCAACAGCAGCAGCAACAACAGCAAAUAAUGAUGCAACAGCAACAGCAAUAUGGGAUGUUGCCAUUGCGACCAAACUGAAAGCGGCUCUCCUGGGGUCCUAUAACGACGCCACCGCCGCCAGGAAUCCAUGCACUUGCCAUACAUCCCACUGGCACCAUGACCCUGCAUAGCUGUAGCCUAGCCAAGCAGAGCAGUUUGUUUUAGUUUAUUUAGUCUGGAUAUCCAAAGGAAAUAUAAAGCAAAGUUUUAGUUAGCCUAACUUAACUUAGAGCAUAUCCAUUUCUAUAUUUAGCCAUAGGAUCAAAGGCGGAUCUAGGGAUGUCAAAUAAGGGAAUAUACUCUCAAAAAACACAUUGGAAAAGUUGAUUAUUUGCUUCAAAACGUGACAUUUUGAGUCCCUAUUGCAUACUUUUGGGUUCAAAUGUAACCAAUUUGAUAUCCUUAGAACCGCCACAGCAUAGAAUAGAUAUACGUCUACAUAUACUUGCAUUCACAGGUCAAUUUUGACGAAUGCCACUUAAUUAUCAUAUUGUACUAUUCGAAAAUCUAAUAUAUGUAUAUGUAUAGAAGGUAUAUACCAUAUAUAAGGAACUCGCACCUAGCAUUAUGCAAGCAACGAUUACCAUUAAGGUAGAACUCAAUCAAGUUUACCGUUUCAAUUGCAAUCACACAAUUCAUGAGUUUUGUGAUUAUAAUCAACUCAUACAAUUUCGAAUCGUACAAAUAUAUAGAAAUACUAUAUGCUUCAUACGUCUUACUUAUUGUUAGACUCCUAACGUUUAUUUAAACUCUCACCCCUUAGACUGAAUACCAUUAAUCCAAAAAAAAAAAAACUAUUUU